AUGACGGCCACUACGCUACAGGUGACAGUUAAAUGGACUAAGCACAAAUAUGAAGUUGAGCUGAACACAAAUGAGACACCGUUGGUGUUCAAAGUUCAGCUCUUCGCCUUGACUGGUGUUGAACCUGAGCGUCAGAAGGUUAUGCUCGCGGGUAAGAAACUAGAGGACGAUGACGAUUGGACCAAGUUCCGUCUGAAGAAU